UAUAAGCAUCUUCGUGGACAUUUUCAUGUAUUUUGGUGCCGAUCAUUCGUGAGCUCGGGCAUGAUGAAGUUCCUCCUCCUCCUUGGCGUUCUUUCCGUCCUCUCCGUCGGGACUAACGGGCAGAAUACGAAAGAUGCCGUGGGUAUUUUCAACAGGAAAUACGAUCUUUACCUUCUAACUAUACAGAUUGAGAAAAUGCGUGAAAAGCUGUUUAAAGAUUGUCCGGCGUUCUUCAGUCAGCCGGAGAGCGCAAAAAAACUGGCGCAAUUCUUUGGGAAGAGAGAGGUGGAUCCCGCCAACCUAGAUUUGAAGGUGAAGCUCGCGCGUCAUUCGUUGGACAGCAUCAAGAAAGAAUAUCUGAAGUGUAUCAAGGGGAAUUCACAAGUUGUCACCACAAUUAGAGAUAGUUGCAUCGGUAACAGCUGUAGGAACAAUGGCACGUGUAUUCCCAAUGAGAAGAAUUACACCUGUAGAUGUUUACCCGGGUACAGCGGAGAUAGGUGUGAGAAGGUGAACAAGAAUCCAUGCGGGAGCAUUCUCCACCAUUCUUCCGUGCGCCAAGACAAUAACACCGGCUUCACUGUACCGGCCGGUUGGGUUCUCUGCUACAUCGAUAGCGAUGACGUCACAUACGCACAGACCCCCUGCAUAGACCUGCUCCAAGAUGUCUCCAACUACCAGACUUUCGGAUGCUGGCAUGGAUGCUCCGGAUCGGCCAAGGGCCCCGCCUAUGCCAGUAAUGAUGUCAUAGAGAAAGCCUGCAAGCCGAAUAUCCAACAGACAAACAAGAUGGGUACUUGGUGCAGCAGUGGAACUCGUCAAACAACAUUUGGCGUUUGCAUUCAAAUGAAAGAUUGAAGCAAUCAAAUGAAAUAAAGCAUGCUGUGCAUAUAAACACACAGAAAUAACGGAAAUGUAUCAUUUCCUUGAAUUGUCUAAUUAUAUUACGUCAGAGAUGUGAUAGAAAAUAAAAUGAAACUUUUUCGUCAAGGUA